AAUUACCCAUCAGAAAAGCUAUUUAUUAUCUUUUGUAUGGAUUGUCCAGAGAGUAAAGCACCCAUCAGCUUCUUGUUAUCCUUGUUUCUGUGCUUCCCCGAGUUGCUGGCUGCAGGAGUCCGUCUCUUGUCCCUGGACUGAUUGACAAGAAUAUUUGCAGCAGCGAGGGAAGAAAAAGAGAAGAUUGAGAGGGGCUGAAUGUGAUGUCAGAAUGGUGAAGGGUCAUUUGAAGGUUAGCUGCCAGGGAAAGGGUUGAGGGAGAGUUCAGGCGCAUAUAUUAAGCAAAUGAAUCCUUUUAACCCAGUGACAGAGAGAGAAAGAGAGAGAGAGGGAGGGAGGGAGGAGAGAGGAGAGAUACACACAGAGAGCACCAAGACAUCUUGCUCAAGAUCGCACAGAAGGGGACACGACAGAAAAAUACUGUCUAAACUCGAGUGUUUUCAUCUAUCAAGACAACGCGGGCAUUUGAAGAGGCGUUUGAGCAAGAUGCAUUGAGACUGUGGGGCUGUUCGGAGAGAGGCGAAGCAGUGGAACUGGUGAUAUUACUCUGCUCCACCAGGGCUGCGCCUGCCUGCCUGCCUGCCUGCCUCCCUUUUGGGAUCUUGGCGGUGUCGAGAUAUUUAAAUAGUAAAUGAACGAUUUGGAUUGAUUACAGGAUCACGGGCUUGAGCAGCUGGGACUGACCAUGAUUCUGGGUCCCAGUCACAACAACAGAAACAGACCUCAAACAUGAUCCCUGUUUCUUCUUCUGCUGAAGCCCACCUUGUCCUCUUCUCAUUCAGUGGUCUUGGUGUGUGAAGGAGCCUGGUGCUAAUUUGCAAUCUACCCGACCCCUGCUUGACGGAAGCAAAGAAGAGAGAGAGAGAGAGAGGAAAGAGGACGGUGGAUUGUUGCCAUUUUUUCUUGUGUUGCAAUUUUGUUUUACUCCUGCUCCGUUUCGCAAUGUUUGACUGCAUGGACGUGCUGACAGUAAAUCCCGGACAGCUGGUGGAUUUUUACUCCCAAAGUCCCUCCUGCAUGCUGCAGGGAAAAGGAUCGAGUUCCCACUGCUUCAUUGGGAUCAGACACAAAGAAUGGCAGAGGCUACCCAACUCUCAGUCCAUAGAAACGCAGAGUACUAGCUCAGAGGAGAUUGUGCCUAGUCCACCUUCCCCGCCCCCUCCUCCACGUGUAUACAAACCCUGCUUCGUCUGCCAAGACAAGUCAUCAGGUUACCACUAUGGAGUCAGCGCUUGUGAAGGAUGCAAGGGUUUUUUCCGAAGAAGUAUCCAAAAGAACAUGGUCUACACCUGCCACCGAGAUAAGAACUGCAUCAUCAACAAAGUCACCCGCAACCGGUGUCAGUAUUGCCGACUACAGAAGUGCCUAGAAGUUGGCAUGUCCAAGGAAUCUGUGCGAAACGACAGGAACAAGAAGAAGAAGGAGACGCCCAAGCAAGAGUGUUCGGAAAGCUACACAAUCACACCCGAGACGGAGGAUCUAAUAGAGAAAGUCCGCAAAGCCCAUCAGGAAACCUUCCCCGCACUGUGUCAGCUUGGCAAAUACACUACUAAUAACAGCGCGGAGAAGCGAGUAACAUUAGACAUCGACCUCUGGGACAAAUUUAGCGAACUCUCGACUAAAUGCAUUAUCAAGACCGUCGAGUUUGCCAAACAUCUUCCUGGAUUUACCACUCUAACCAUUGCUGACCAAAUCACCCUCCUCAAAGCUGCCUGUCUAGACAUCUUGAUUCUGCGAAUCUGUACCAGAUACACACAGGAUCAGGACACCAUGACGUUUUCGGAUGGCCUUACCUUGAACAGGACACAGAUGCAUAAUGCAGGCUUUGGUCCCCUUACUGAUCUGGUUUUUGCAUUUGCCAAUCAAUUGCUGCCACUGGAGAUGGAUGACGCGGAGACUGGGCUCCUGAGCGCUAUCUGCCUCAUUUGUGGAGACCGGCAGGACUUGGAGGAGCCGGAGAAAGUGGAUAAGCUGCAGGAGCCGCUGUUGGAAGCUCUGAAGAUCUACGUGAGGAAGCGGCGGCCAAACAAGCCACACAUGUUCCCCAAAAUGCUGAUGAAGAUCACAGAUCUGCGCAGCAUCAGUGCCAAAGGAGCUGAGCGGGUGAUCACCCUCAAGAUGGAGAUUCCCGGAUCGAUGCCGCCCCUCAUUCAGGAGAUGCUGGAGAAUUCCGAUGGCAUCGACCCUUCCUCCUCACCCUGCAGUAAGAGUGGUGCAGCCCGGCCCUGCAGCAGCCCCAGCCUGUCUCCCAGCUCAGCCAGCAGCAGCAGUCCCAACACCCAGUCAUCGUAGCUUCCCGAGGCCACAGAGGAACAAGCGGGCCGGACUCCCGCUCACGGGGACGUUUGAAGUGUUUGCAAAAAGACGAAGUGUUCACGGGAUGGGCCACAGUAUUGUUUGCCACGCACUCUGCAGCUUGUGGAAGGCCGUCCAGACUGGGUCGUAACUUGCGCCUCAGCCGGGCUGGAAGUCACGUGCUUAACUACGGUGGACAUCGAAUUCAGGGUUGUGCUGGGCACCAGAUACGGUGUGCACACGCACGCACACACCGGCACGCACGCACUCACGCACGCACGCGAACCUAAACACAGACGCACGCAUGCAUGUGUGCACGCACAACACGCGCCUAAACGCAGACAUACACAACGCAUACGCGUGCAACACACGGCUAAACAGACACGUACGAUGUGCGCAUGUGACACGCACACACACACAACCAAACACGCACUCACGUGCACAAGCAACACACACCUAAAGACAGACACACUAGGCGAGUGUGAAGAUGACACGCACACGACAUGCACAUGCCACACAUGCACACAAACGUGCGUGUGCCGCGCACGCACGCACCCACAAGACGUGUGCAUGCCACACAUACACAGAAAAAUACCCACCAUCCAAAAUAGGAAUCGGCAGUUGUCAAACAAAACUGCACCUCCUGUUGUAAGCCUUCAGCUUCUGGGUUUAGAAUGACUUACUGCUAGGAGAGAAACGAUGAAGACCAUUGUGUUUAUUUUUUUUAAAAAUAUUUUUCCUCUCCUUUUGUUUAUCUUUCAAUAAUCUGAUAUAAUACUAGUUGAUAGACUGGAUUCCCCAGCCCAAAAUCCAAAGUAGUGUCCAAACAUGAGGAAUUUGAACAAAAGAGAAGUUUAUAUGAAAUGAAACAUUUAAUGGAUUAUUUUUGUUGGAACUGUUUUAAAAAUUGGAUUUACCAGAGGAGGAAGAAGCAAAAACACGAUGAAGUUGCUACAUUUUUGAGAAGAGUUGCAAACAAACUGGACGAUAAUGAAGGUAGCUAGGUUACACUAGGGAUGACUGUAAAUAUGCUGUUCAGUUUAAUGUACUCACAAGAAGUUCUUUUA